CUUUAUUCGGUUGAAGUCAUUUAGAAUCGACUAGACAAGUUCUUAAUUGAGUUGUAUUUCUCUAGUUUUUUCAAAACGUUGCCAUGACAACAGUAGCUCCUCAUUGUGACCCUUGUAAGACCAAUGACGACGAAAGAGAGGCAGUGUCGUGGUGUUCCGUUUGCCAGGAGUGUUUGUGCGAAGACUGCGACAGCACUCACCGGAAGUUGGGAAUCACAAAGAACCACAAACCACUACCAAUUGAGGAGUAUUUAAAACUGCCAGCUUCUAUUUUAACUCACGAAAUAUUCUGUUCAAAGCACAUGAAAAACAAGGCGGAGUUUUUCUGUACCACUCAUGGUACAACUCAUUGUCACAUUUGCUACCGUGACAUUCAUAACCAUUGCAAACAAGUCUUGAGAAUGGAUGACGCUUCACGUGGUCUCAAGUCAUCACCUGUCAUUUCAUCUGCUACCGAUAAAAUCAAAGAGGUUACGGAUUGCAUUGAUAAACUGAUCGAAAAUCGUGUAAAGAAUAUCAUUGAUUUAGAUGAAAAACGAGACAAAUUAGAAAAUGACAUAAAAAAGCUUAGACUAGACAUGGAAAAUCACCUUGACACCAUCGAAAAUAAUCUGCUGAGUCAGCUAAAUGAGGCAUAUUCUUAUCAUCGCGACGCUAUCAAAACUCAAGAAAUCGAGUUCAGCGAAACGAAAGAAAAAUUGUCAAAUAUUUUGCACGAAACGGAACAGAAGAAAGAAAUAUCACCAGAAACUCAGAUGUUUUUGCAGCUACAAUCUGUGCACGAGAUGUUGCUUCAGACGGACCGUUAUUUACAGGGUUUAAAGGACAAGGUCAAAUUCAUUAAACUAGAUAUGAUCAUUGAAAAAAAUGCACGAGGCUUCAGCGAGUUUAUGAAGCAACUAGGACAGAUCAAAGUAAUCGCAUCAACCAUGGAUAUUUUUAACCUCGACAGGAAGCCAGUUAGGGCUUAUACUCUUGUUUCAAGGUCGUCAAUAGAAAAGCAGAAAUCUGGUGGGGUUAGUCCGAGAGCUGGAAAGUUGAAAGUAAUGUCAACGCCAGAUAGGUCACGAACUGUUUAUCCACCACCGCCUCCCCCACCAGCACCAAAGAAGCUCUCCACUGAACAACAAUAUCAAAAUGAUAUUAUUAUGUCGGAAACUUCAAGCUUUGCUCUGGUGGAGGACCUACUAUGCAGUGACGAAGAUGAGUUGAAUGACGUAUAAUUUGAAAAUUUAAUAACACUUAAAAUUGGUAUUUCCUUGUAUCACCAGCCCAGUAGUCUGUGUUAACAUAAAUAAUCAUUGAUGUGGUCGUAAUUAUAAAUCAACUUUUACAAAACUUUGAAUAUUUCGAAAAACUAAGGAUUUUCUACCAUAGGAAAAGAAAGCCUUAGUUGUUUUUGGCAAAACCUUCGGAAUUUUGGGUCCUCAAUAUUGUUCAACUUAGUACUUUAUUUGGCCUUUUUAAUUUUUUUCAUUCGAGCAUCACUGAUGAGUCGUUUGCAGACGAAACGUGCGUCUGUCUUACAAAAUUUAAAUCCUGGUAUAUAUGAUGAGUUUAUUGACAAGAAUUGGCAUUCUCUUGACAAGUUAGAUGGUUAACACUGCAUAAUUUGAUUGUUAUACAUUUUCAUGUCACUGUGUUAUACUAUCUUUCAAACGCAUUAUAUAUGGAAUGCUUCGAUCUGACUCCUUCGUCUGGAUUCAAACUUUUAUGAUUCGAGCGUCACCGAUAAGUCUUUUGUAAAAAAACAAAAACACGUACACAAUUUUAAACUUGGUAUCUAUGAUGAGUUUAAUUUCAAUCAAACAUGUCACACCGGUGUUUAAAAGUACCUCCGAAAAUAGCUUUUUUUUAUAUAUAAGAUAUUAAAAUGACUAGACUGUGCUGUAAGACACUUAUUUCCACUCUUUUAAAAGUACCAAGACACUUAUUUCCAUGGUACUUUAAAAGAAUUUCUUUUAUAUUGAGUUAUUGGUUGAUUAACAGAUCAUAAAUUAAUUGUUUGCAAUGGAAUCGUGCUUGAAUGAUUGAUUCAAAGAUUGAUUAAUUGUUUGCUUAACGUGCAGUGGCAAAUAUUUCAUUCAUAUUCAGAACGAAUUUCUUUUGUUUGGUGAAAAUCAAGCUCGAAUGAUUUAUUUAUAUGUUCAUAUUUGUCGUUUACUUAACGUGCAGUGGCAAACAUUUCAUUCAUAUUCAGAAUGAAUUUAUUCGUUCAGUGGCAAAUAUGUCAUUAAAUAUUUAGGGCAAAAAAAAUUAACAGGUAUGUUCAUCUAAGUGGAUCUAUCUGCAUGAGGGGCUGGGGACAAUGGAAAAUGAAGAUAUAUUUGUAAUAUGUCAUCUACGAAUCCCUCAAUACGAGUAUUAAAUUUAAUGGAUAAACAAUUUCGACCAGACGUUGCUGCGUAAUUCUACAUUAUGCAAAGUCAAACGGACGCCCCACUUUUGAAUAAUUUAAUGCCGGGUGGGAAAAAUCCAAAGGUGACGUCGUGUGCAUGAAUUCCAUAACGCCAUAGAUCGCGGGAAACAUACUUAAAUGUACUUUAAGUACUGGUUUGGUAAAGCUGGCUUCCUGUUCCAAAACCGGAACAAGUGAUCAAUUAUUGACUCAAAACAAUUGAAAGCACAGUUAUAUCAUAUUUAAUCAAAAACCAAAAAUACGAAGAUAGUCUUGAUAAUGACUAACAUACAAUCGAUGGCACAGAAAGUUACAAAUCUAAUAAGAAAUAUGUGUUUUACAUGAAAUAUACAUUACUUAUGAGGGUCUGGAUAUGUAGUGUCCUUCCGAUUCUGUAUUUUAAUUUUAUAGGUCAUUUUUCUCUAUUCUCUAUAUUUAUUGCCGGUAAUUCUCUCUUCAUUAUAUUUUAGCACCCAACUGUUCUCUAUUCUUUAUUUGUUUGCCCUAUUUAUCUGUAUUCUUUAUUUUUUGGUCCAUUUUUCUGUAGGUUUUCCCUUUAUUCUCUUUUCUUUAUUUUUUCCCUAUUUUUCUCAAUUCUUUAUUUGUUUGGUCCAUUUUUUCUGUAGAUUUUGCCCAUUAUUCUCUAUUCUUUAUUUUUUGGGUCCAAUUUCUGUAGAUUUGGCUAAUCAUUCUGUAUUAUUUAUAUUUAAAACCCCAUUGUUCUCGAUUCUAUAUUUGUUUGCUCUAUUCUUCUCUAUUCUUUAUUUUUUGGCCCUUUUCUUCUCUAUUCUUUAUUUUUUGGUCCUAUUCUUCUCUAUUCUUUAUUUUUUGGCCCUAUUCUUCUCUAUUCUUUAUUUUUUGGCCCUUUUCUUCUGUAUUCUUUAUUUUUUUGCUACAGUUUUUCAGUAGAUUUGGACCAUUUUUCUCUAUUAUUUUAUUAUAACACCCCAUUAUUUUCAAUUCUUUAUUUAUUUUUUUUGCCCUUAUUUACUCUAUUCUCUAAUAUUUUAGUCCAUUUUUUCUGUAGAUUUGGCCCAUUGUUCUCUUUUCUGUAUACCCUCAUCUUCACCCUCACUUAUCACUUGUCGUGACAGGAAAAGAAGUGGAAAUCAAUCUUUAAUGUGUUUAUUGCUAAUCAUGAUAAUUAAAACAAAUAUGAUGGAUGUAAUAUUACAUUGUCAUAAUAAUGAACUGUCCGAACUCAACAAGAAUUUUGUCAUAUUUUUUAUUUCCCAAUAAUCAAGUCGUUUUGGUCUGCUCACUUAUUGAUGUCGUUUGAUAACAGUCCAGCGGCAAAUAUUUCUUUCAUACUCAGAAUAAAAACAAAUUACUAAUACAUAUACAAACAUAUAUGAUGGUUUUGAUGUGAUGAGGGUAAUCAUAGUUUUAGGCUAUUCUUUUCUAUCAUCUUUUGGUCCAUUAUUUAAUAUAUUCUUUUUAUUUGAGUACUCCAUUAAUUUAAAUUUUUCAUAUAAUUUGUAUUCCCUAUUUUUCUCUUUUCUUUUUCUUUUUUGUCCAUUAAUAUCUAUUCUGUAAACCCAUCCAUAGCAUCAAUUAAACAUGCAAUGGGGUAUGGUUCGUACCUAUACAGAGAGCUGUGAGAUGGUUAGAAACUUAGCAUUACAGCAGGUUACACAAGCACUUACUUACGGUAAUUUUUUGUACAAUGUAAGCGCUCUUUAAUGCACAGAGCGUUUGGCAUUCUCCAGUCAUGGAAGAUUUGAUAUAUUGUCUAGUCAAACCGUAUAAUUAACGAUUAUUUAUAAGGCUUAAUUAUAUAAGAUAUCAAAAUAUUAACCAAAACCAAUUUUAGCAUAUCUAAAACUAAAUGUAUUGUUUAUUUUUGCAAAAAGUAACGAAAACCUGAUAGUUAAAAUUGCCUCCCUAACAAUAAAAUGUUUAAUAAUUG